GAUCACUCCGCGUCUGCCUCAGUCUGAGACACUCAGCCUCUGGACGCGACACGUUCGUCUCGCUGGGACCAACUCUUGCACCAGGUUAAGCGAGUUUUUUUCUGAACAAUAUAGUGAUUCGACGAGAGACGGUAAUCAUCUUUGACUCACGCAAACGAAAAUUGCGUUGCCAUGGCAGUGUGAUUGGUAUCUGCACCAAUCGAAGCCUGUGUUUCCCGUUCUUUUAUCACCCGGCCUGAAAGUGGGACAGGAUGAGCCGUAGCGGCACCCAGAGUACCACCACUCUCUCUCACACCGUUCCAGUGCAGAGACCAGGACCCCGCCCCUCUGCAACCUCGACUCCGACCAAGACGAGACUGUCAGGAUCGCCCAGAAGCAUGACCGACUCGAUCUACGCGGCGCGUUUCAGCACUUCUCCGGCGAUGUCCAACUACAACUCCGCCACCAAGACGCUGACGACGACGUACCGACUGGGCGGGGGAGGCACCAACAACCGGACGUCCUUCUCAGGCAGCCGGCCUUCUCCCGUCACGACCAUGCGCCGCACGACCAUCGCCGCCUCCCGCCCCAGCACCACCACCAUCAGCGGGGCUAUAGCCACCUCCAACGCCUUACAAAUCGCCGAGAACCACGCCUUGCGCGUCCAGGAGAAGGAGGAGAUGCAGACCUUGAACCAGCGCCUGGCCGGCUACAUCGACAAGGUGCGCUUCCUGGAGACCCGUAACGAGGAGCUGGAGAUAGAGGUGCGGGCUCUCCAGGCUGGCCACCAGAACUUUCACCAGAUGAAAGAGAUGUUUGAACAGGAGAUCCGCGAGCUCCGACGCGCCAUCGACUCCCUCUCCAACGAGAAGGCCAUCGUGGAGGUGGACAGGGACACCCUGGGGGAGGAGCUGGACCAUACAAGGCACCAGUUGGGGGAGGAGAAGCGAGUUCGCCAGGACCUUGAGACUGAGUUAAACAGCUCCAGGAAGGAACUGAAUAAGGUGGAUCUGGCUAGGCAAGACAUGGAGACGAGGUUAAAAACAGCCCUGCAAGACCUGGACUUCUCCAAGGAAAUCCACCAACAGGAGAUCGAAGCGCUCCAGAAGCAGCUGGAGGAGCAGAAGGCGGUGGUGCAGAUCGACAGCGGCCGCAGCAUCUAUGACGAAAUGGCCAUGGCGAUGGCCAACAUGAAGAAGCAGUACGAAGCCCUGGCUAAGAAGACUAAGGACGAGUCUGAGCAGUGGUACCAGUCCAAGCUGCGUGACAUCACGGAGAAGUGUGACAGGGCGGAGGACGCGCUGCGCCUGGCCAGGCAGGAGGCUCUGGAGAACAAACGUCAAGUUCACGUGCUCACCAGCGAGGUGGACACGGCCAAGAGCAAGAACGCCCUGCUGGAGAAGAGUGCCCGUGAGUUGGAGAGCAGGUCCACCGGCGAUGUUGACCAGCUGCAGUCCAUGGUGCGCAGUCUGGAGGACGAGCUGAAGCAGAUCAAGAACGAGAUGGCGAAACAGGUCCAGGACUACAACGAGCUGAUGAACGUCAAGCUGGCCCUGGAUGUGGAGAUUCAGGCGUACAGGAAACUACUGGAGGGCGAGGAAACACGAAUGGAUACGUCCCGCAUGAGUUACUCCCGGAGCAGGCAAUCCAUGAUCGUGGACGAUCUGGAGGACAGUAAGGAGGAUCUGAAGAUCGAGGAGACUGGGGUGAUCCGCAUGACGGUGCAGAGUGAGAACAUCGCAGGGCUGCUCAAGGGCCGCACGUUUUUCCUGUCAUUCCGUGACUCAGAAGACGUCCUGGAGAUGCAGAACGGCCCUGAUGGACCCCAGGCAGUCCUGGCAGGGAAGAAAUCUCCUCGCAGUGACAGUCAACUGUGGUCCUACACCGAUGGUCUCCUGGUAAACAGACAGAACGGACAAGUACUGCAUCUCCCAGAGGCUACGGCAGGAGGCGCUGUGAAGGUGGCCAAGAAAACGGGCAAGCAAGACCAAAAGUGGAUCAUCCGCGGAGACGGGUACAUCCUGUCUGACCCUGACGAGCUGGCCAUGGACGUGGCUGACGGGAAGGUUGUGGUUCAGCACAAGAAGAAGGAGGGACAGGACUGGGACGUGGAGAUCUACGAGACCGUGGACUCCAACUCGCCUUUCCUGAUGAACGGUGGCCCUGGCAGCACGUGGCACAAAGAGAGCAUCAAAGCCGUCGAAGAGAUGGAGAGUUUGCAGAACGACAUUGACAUGUACGAAUCGAGGGUGUAAACUGUCCGAAAAGUCAACAAAUUAAAGGGGUCGUCUACCCUUUCCAUUACUGACAGUAGUUGUCUAGGGAGUGAAAUUUCUGUAAAAGUCAGAAAAGGGGUCAUCUACCCUUUUUUUAUUACAGAGGGUGGUUAUCUUGGGUGAAAAAUAUCUAUAGACGUCAGAAAGGGGUCAUCUACCCUUUCUCUCACUGAUAUUUGAAUCUGAUAACGUUAGCACUUGGCAUUUUGGCACUUUCCCAAAACAAUAUUUGGAUUAUUCGUAGUUAUAUGAUUUUGUUGAAUACGAAACACUUGCUCUCUUCAAAAUUUUUCAUUUAUGAUUCUAAAAUAAAUAACACCCUAUGAACUUACAAAGACUAGUUAAAUACAGUUUGUCAGGAGAUAGCAAGUUAUGAAUGGUCCUUCUACUUUUCUAAUUUUCUACUUUUAAUGUUCGCUUAUUAGCCACUGAGUCAUCUUCCGGAAUUGUACUUUACGAAGAUACACAGGUCCGCCAAGCAUGGUGUGUUUUCAAGAAGAGAUAGUCAGACGUCGUAGAUAAUGGGCAGGGAGAUUUUGAUGUUACAAAGUUGGAUUUAGUUUUAAGUGGAGAUAGCGCUGUAAGUUGGGAGGGGUGGUGGAGUAUACUCGGAUGUGCACAUAUGGAGUAGAUGUAGAGAUAAUGCAUGUUAUCGAGGUUACUGGUGUACUAUGUUGUGUUUUCCUUUAAGAUUGUAUGGAGACGAGGGGAGAAGAAUAUUCCUUACGCGAUUAUAUAGUACAAUGUAUGAAGACAUGUUUGUAUGUAACAGAACUGCUCUUGUAUGUUUUUUUUUCAACCUGGGUACAAGAAAUGAGAUUUGCCCAUUUUGAAUUCAACUUAAAAUAUCCUUGAAAUGCAAGAUAGACACUCAGUUCUAUCACCUCGUAAGUUCUCGCGAGACAAAAACAAUACCAUAGUAUUGAAACAUGGAAUUGAGAGACAUGUGGGUUGACAAAGGGAAUUUGUCAUGUCCAGUCGUGUAUUUGAACCAGUCCUACAUGUUGUGUACUAUGUUAUUGCCUAAUAACACAAUAGGUUGAGUAAUCUUCAUUAUCGACUGACUGAUGUAGAGAGAUCACAAUGAGAUAAAGAUACGUGUACCAGUUACGAUUGUGCAACAUGGUGCUAAUCAUUUCUGGGGAUUUUUUACAUGCUUUUAUUCUGCUUCGCAUUUUCUUGUGCUAAUGGAUGAUAUUAAAUAUACAAAUUAAAGGUGGUUAGAAGAAA